AUGGAGACGACGAAGAUUGCUUCAUUCGAUCGUAUCAGUGAGCUUAAAGCUUUCGACGAGACCAAGACAGGUGUCAAAGGACUCGUUGACGCCGGAAUUUCACAGAUUCCACGCAUCUUCCACCACUCAUCCGCCGAUUUAGCAAACCCGAAACCACUUUCCUCUGACUUGCUACAUCUCAAUACCAUCCCAACGAUCGAUCUCAGAGGACGUAACUUCAAUGACACGGUAACACGCAAGAAGGCGAUUCAAGGGAUUAAAGACGCAUCAGAGAAAUGGGGUUUCUUCCAAGUGAUCAACCAUGGAGUUUCACUCGAUCUUCUCGAGAAGAUGAAAGACGGAGUUCGUGGGUUUCACGAACAAUCACCAGGAGUUAGGAAACAAUUCUACAGUCGAGAUUUUAGGAGAGAGUUUGUGUAUACAAGUAAUUUCGAUUUAUACACUUCACCAGCUGCAAGUUGGAGAGACACUUUCUCUUGUUACAUGGCUCCAAAUCCUCCAAAACCACAUGAUUUGCCUCCCAUUUGUAGGGAUGUUAUGAUUGAAUACUCAAUUCAAGCGAUGAAUUUGGGGGAAGUUCUGUUUGAGCUUUUAUCAGAAGCACUAGGGUUAAGCCCUAAUCAUCUCAAUGACAUGGAUUGCUCCAAGGGCUUACGCAUGCUUUGCCAUUACUACCCACCAUGUCCAGAGCCUGACCUAACUAUAGGUGCAAGUAAGCACUCGGACAGCUCUUUUCUUACUGUCCUUCUUCCUGAUCAGAUCGAAGGGCUUCAAGUUCUCCGUGAUGGCUUCUGGUUCGAUGUUCCUCCUGUUCCAGGUGCACUCAUCAUCAACGUCGGAGACCUUCUACAGCUUAUAACAAACGACAAGUUCAUCAGUUCGGAGCAUAGAGUCUUAGCAAACAGAGCCACGGAAGCUCGAGUCUCGGUCGCCUGUUUCUUCACCACCGGUAUUAGACCCAAUCCUAGAAUGUAUGGACCCAUGAGAGAGCUUGUGUCUGAAGAUAACCCUGCUAAGUACAGAGAGAUCACCGUAAAGGAGUUUGCUGCUCACCGUAGUUCCAAAGGACUUGACGGAACCUCUGAUUUGCUCCAUUUCAAGAUAUGA